AUGGAUGAAGUAGAUGAUGUUGAUUAUAUAUAUGAUGAGGACAAAAUAAGGUUCAAUCAAAAGGUUAGGAAAAGGAGAGAACAUAAUAAGCCUACAAAGGCAAGACAACAACGUCAGCAACAACAUCAACAACAUCAGAGUCUAAAAGUUGUUAAACAUGGUAUAGAGUUUCAAAAGUUAAAGGAGGAGGUCGAGAGUCUAAGAGAACAGAACCAAGCAUUAGAGUCAUACUUGGGCAUUGAUAAAUAUCAACAACGCAAUUCUUAUCAACUUAAAGAUGUUGCAGACAGUUUAAUUCCACCCUUUGUCAGAGUGACGACAGGCAAGAAUGCCGGUGUCUACAAGUGCGAUGGAUGGGUAGACGAUGGACAACACAUAUCCAUCUCACUGCCCAAUGGCAGACAAUACCUACCUGUGGUACCGAGCAAUGAUAUCAAGUAUCUGUUCCCUACUUCUUCGAAUGGGGAGUGUAGCAUAAACAAGAUUGCAAGAUCAACGACCAACGCCAAACCAUUGAUGAAGGACUUGUCGAGGACAUCUGGACAUGGCUGA